AUGCAUAAAAAUCAUAUCAACUCCACGCCCACUCCCCUCCCCAGCGGCAAACGUGAUACACUGCAUGUUAAUGGCUACCAUGGAUUCCCUCGACGCUCCGUAACACCCAAUGGCCGCCCCGUACCUGCAAAUGCAGCUCGCCUUAUGAACAGCAUAGAGGGAGAUCUUGGCGCAGAGGAAAACCCAAGAUUAUCGGUCUUUCGCGACCUAUAUGCCAGGAGCGAGGCUCGAAUAAGCUCGUUGUUUGAAGAGAAUGGGGCAAACGAAAACGGCGAUACUAGGAAUGUAGAAGAGCAAGACCAUCAGCUCAACGACGAUCCUUUCGAAGAUGCGCCUGCCCCAGCUACGGGUUCUCCAAGAAAACAUACGAGGAAGAUCGAUGAGGAUGACUAUGACGAAUCGGAGGAUGAAGAUGACGACGAAGCCGGCGACGAUUCCCCCCUCAAAUCCAAAAGCACGGGCCCUCCUGUUAAUCUGGCACCCUCUUCCUCUGCUAUGGUCCGUGGCCUAUCCUCAAGCUCGACACCUGCUAGUGCCAAAGGCGCCUCAUCUAUCCUGGCGGUGAAGACAACGGAGGAGGCGCGCAAGAGGCUCGAGGAAGACAAAAAAGCUACUGAAGACGCGGCCAAACGAAGUUUCCACACAUUGUUCUACACUCUGGAAAACGAUAGAGAUACGAUGCUGGAGCAGAAGAAGCUUGAAGAAUCUGAGCGUCAGGUUGAUAUCGAGAUGGGCGGGGCUGGUGCAGCUGCGAACAACGUCAACGGGCUUGGGGGCAACGCGCAGCAGGGGACGUUGAGCCAGACAAACUUGGGCGCAUCAAGCCUGACCUUGAAGAACCUGAUAUGGAUGAUUGAUACAAAUAGAGAUAAGGUCAAGGCGACCGACCCUGAACUUAGAGCACUGAUGAGCGAAGUGAGGAAGAACAGGAGCAAAUGGGCAAGCGAAGACAAGGUCGGACAGGAAGAGUUGUAUGAGGCUGCGGAAAAAGUUCUUAACGAACUAAGGGGUAUGACAGAGCACUCCGGUCCAUUUCUUACAAAGGUCAACAAAAAGGAGGCGCCUGAUUAUGGCAAUGUCGUCAAACAUCCAAUGGAUCUAGGAACCAUGACGAAAAAGCUCAAGACUCUGGCGUACAGGUCAAAACAGGACUUUGUCGAGGAUCUCAAUUUGAUCUGGCAGAAUUGCUUGAAAUACAACGCUAACCCAGAGCACUUUCUCCGCAAAAAGGCUUUAUUCAUGCGUAAAGAGACUGAUAAGCUCGUACCCCUCAUCCCUAAUAUAUCAAUCAGAGACAGAGCAGACGUUGAAGCAGAGGAGCGUCGACUGCAGAAUGGCGAUAUCAACAUGGAUGGGGAUGAAGAUAGCGACGACGAGCCUAUCAUAUCUUCACGAGGACGGAAGGCGCCCAGCAAAAAAGCGAAGAAAGGAACGACGGCGCGGAAGGCGCCAGCUGGUGUGCCAGAAGGCUCACCUGCCGCCGAAGCUAAGCCAAGCUCGAACCACCUGGCACCCAAUGGACUGGGUAGCAACCUUAAAUUUGAGCACUUGAUAGCCGACUCUGAAAGUGUGAUGGAUGGAAGCCAGAAAGACCUCUCGACUCCUCCACCUGGUGCGAUCACUCCGGCAGGCAUCAAUGGCAUUCUAGGACACGGGACACAGUCGGAUGGCAUGGAUAUCGAUGCUGAUUCUUCGAUCAAUGGCAUCGUUUCCUCCAUCGACGGUCCGAAUGAAGAAGCUGAGAACGAUGACUUGGAGUACAAAACCUGGAAACAGGUGACCAAAAAAGACCGUGCGCAGGUCACUGCGGAACGGCAUAGACUUUUUUUAGGAGACCAUCUCAAUCCCGAAGAACCAGCGCUUCGACGUACGAAGUUGGGAAUGAGAAGAUGGCUGAGGAAUCAAAAGCAAGCAGUUAGUGACGGCGCAUUGGGCAAGAAAAGCGCCGAGGAAGAGGCUGAGAUCCGGGAAAACGAAGAAUCGCAGCCGAGUGGAGAGACUCUUGCAGAGGGUAUGGAGGGUGAAGAGGAGAGGGUACUACCAGACUACUAUGACGCUUUAGCCGUUAUCCCUGAUCUCAGCAAUCGAUUACAAUGGCUCGAAGACUCUGACGGAAACGUACAGGAUCCGUCGGGAGAGUUUCUACGGAUUCUGCCGCAAGGGCUAUUUACUUCCCCAGAGAGCAAUCUGACACGAAAGAUCGACAAGAAUCUGCGACAGAUACAAGAAACACGAAAGGUCACAUCGAAGAUUGCAAUCGUAAAGCAGAUGCAGCUGCAAUCACAGAUGUACCAAGGCCAGUUCCAAAAGCACGAACCUGCUCCCUUUGUCGAGCAGGACAUUGAACCUACAGUAAUAUCUGAGGAGGGUCCUCCCAUAGCACCCUCGGUGUCUCGAGCCGCGCUGCAACGGUCUACAGCUAAACUCCUGGUCCUCGCUGGGUUCGAGGAAUUCCAACCAGCAGCACUGGAUGCUAUCACCGAGAUGGCUGGCGAUUACUUUAUAAAAAUCGCCCGUACAUUGAACGAGUAUCCACAAGCCCAGCAGGUAGCAAUCCCAGCGCCCGGAGUACAAGGAGGCAGAAUCGCAUGCAAAGAAAGAUUCACUACCGAAGAAAUCAUCCUGCACACUCUCCACAUAAACGGCGCCGACCUUGAUGCCCUUGAUAGUUAUGUGACAGAAGAAGUCGAUCGGGCCGGUACCAAGCUCGCGGUUACGCAUGACCGAAUGAAAGCCCAUCUUGCAGACAGUCUCCGUCCUGCACUCACCGAUGCUGGCCCUGAUGGCGCUAACGCCUUCAACGAUAACAGCGAACAAUUUGUGGGUGGUGACUUCGCCGAGGAACUCGGUGAAGACUUCUUUGGCUUCAAGGAUUUGGGUCUCGACAAGGAAUUCAAUAUGGCCAGCUUGAGCGUGCCUCUGCAUCUUCUGCAAAACCGUAUGCGCAGUGCCAAUCAAGCCCAAAACCCUAGCGCUCUCUCUUCCACCCCUCUCUCUGAUCUUCCACCACCACCGUCGCUUACACCCGUCACCGUCAACAACGUCAAGAACGAAAUCGGUCUGGUGCAAGCCUUUUUCCUUGCCAAACUCCGUGCCAACAACGACGAGCCCCUUAUCGAAGACGACGAUCUACCUCAAAAGCAACGUUUCCCAAAACCGAGGUUACCACCAACAGGGAAGAUCACGAGUCCGCGCAAACGACCGCUUAAGGAGCAAGGUCCUGGAAAGGGUCAUCCGAGGAAGAAGAUGAAGGUGGGCGAAAAUGGGGAAGCUAAGGAAAUGGGGAAAGAAAAUGCUGCAGAAAAGGAGAGCGGAAAGGAAGGCGAGAAGGACAAGAAAGAUGAAACGCAAACACCAGCCAAAAAGGCCACUACUAAUGGUGUCGUGAGCAAUGGUGCUAAUUCUACUGUUGAUUCUGGCGGAGACGUGACGAUGGGUACACCAACGCCAACGCCGAAGGGGAAGGGAAAGAGUGGGAAGGAAGGGGGUUUGAUCUCGCCCGAGAGCUUGGAAGCGACGUGA